AUGGCAUUUGAGGUUCACAAGUUUGAUUCCGGAGAGUUCCUUCAUGUUAUUUUGUUGGAUGAUGUUGAAAACUUCGAAGAUCUGAACGAUGUCGUCACUUGCAAUUUGAACGUGGUCCUCUUGAACCCCGAACUUAUUGUAGACAUCUUUCAAGUUUAUGUGGCUGUCCUGAAAGCACUGACAAACAAAUCAAACAAUAAGAUGAUCACCAAAUCUUUCCAAUCUGAAGUUCUUUUUUCAGUAUCCCCUUCAAAAAAUAUUUACGGAAUAACAGAAAAAGAAUUAUCAUGUUCGACGAUUGUUGAUUCUGUAGUCUCCAGAGUUGCAACUAAAGACUUUCUUUGA